UUGCUACUAUAUUAACCGAUUUGUAACCUCUACUGGAAGUACACCGCAGACGGACGAAUAUUCCCUGCGGUCGGUCGGCAAGGAUAACAAGGAGCUCGAAACUGACUCUCGGGAAGCUGUUUGCGGCUUCUCUUUGCUCCAACUGAUGUUUCCGUCCGUGAAGGAGUCCAUCGUCCUUCUUCUCAGUUUAGCAGUGACGCUGGUUUCCGA